CACACUCGCUUGUCAGGCAAACAGGAAAAGGCCUUUUUUAAGGUCUUCUGAGCUGAGACAUGUCAUAUUAUCAGGAGCAUCUAGCCAAUACCCCUGUCGUCAAUUUCAACGGCCAGGACUUUUAUUUCCUCCGAGAUCAGUGCCUGAGGAGCGGCCGUCUGUUUGAGGAUGACACAUUCCCCAUCUCGCCGUCAUCCAUAGGUCUGCAGCUGUACCAGAGAGAUGGCUUCUCCAGACUGGAAUGGAAGCGGCCCCAGGAGUUAUCAAAUGGCCCCCCUUACUUCAUCCUGGAAGGCGUAAGCAGAUUUGACAUCCAACAAGGAUUGGCAGGAGACUGCUGGUUCCUGGCCGCGCUGGGCGCCUUAACACAGAAUCCACAGCACCUGCAGAUGAUCCUGAUGGACCAAAGCUUUUCACACCAAUACGCGGGGAUUUUCCGUUUCCGGUUCUGGCAGUGUGGCAAGUGGGUGGAAGUGGUGGUUGAUGAUCGCCUGCCCAUCGUGGACAGGAAGUACCUCUUUGUGCAUCCACGCAGUGACAACCAAGAGUUUUGGCCCUGCCUUCUGGAGAAAGCCUAUGCCAAGUACCGUGGAUCCUAUGUCAACCUGAACUACGGCUACCUUGCCGAUGCCCUGGUGGACCUCACGGGAGGCGUGGUCACCAGCUUCGACCUGCACUCAUCCCCUGCUGACCUGGUGAUGAUGGUGAAGAUCGCGGCCAAGGCAGGCUCCCUGAUCACCUGCGCCACCCCCGCAGGGCCUACGGGUAAGGCCACGGAACUGGAGAACGGCCUGGUCAGUCAGCAUGCCUACACGGUGACUGGAGCUGAGCAGAUUCAGUACAGGAGGGGCUGGGAAGAUCUGAUCCGCCUAUGGAACCCCUGGGGCAAAACUGAGUGGAAAGGCUCCUGGAGAGAUGGGUCUCGGGAGUGGAAGGAAACGCCAGACCAACGGAAAAACCAGCUACAUGACAAUAAGGAAGAUGGAGAGUUUUGGAUGUCAUGUCGAGAUUUCCAAGAGAAUUUCUCUUGCCUGUAUAUAUGCAAUCAAGUUCCGAUCAGCCUGGCCCAUGGAAAUAUGGCCUGCGAAAGAUGGUCCCAAAUGGCAUAUAAGGACCGCGUGAUUCCAGGAAUGUCUGCAGAAGGACUUCAGAAAUACUCGCAGUUCAUCUUCUCAGUGCCAGACAACACGAGAGGCAACAACGCUGUUGUGUCCUUCACCAUCAUGCCACAGGAUUUCAAAGCAGAAGAGGAGAAAUUUCCACUAAGCUUUGAGGUGUUCAAGGUGGACUCUCAGUUCCGGCACUUUCAGGAGAAAUUGCCUUCUACAUUUUUUUCCCAAUUCAGAAGUGUUGUAAAGGGCAUAGUGUCUAAAACCAAGUGCAACCUCACCAAGUGCUUCACUCUGACCCCUGGGACCUAUGUGGUGGCCGCCUCUGCCCGCAAAGAGCCAAUUGACUUCUUGGCCCGAGUCUUCCUGAAAAUAUCAGACUGUGACAGGAAACUGGACAGCACUUUCAGUUUCAAAGAAAUAAAGGAAAAUAUUCCAGAAGACGACUGGGAACAGACCAUUUUCCACAGAUACGCUCAUCAGGGAGUGGACAUUGAUGCCAUGCGGCUUCAGCGUCUCCUCAACCACGAGCUCCUGAGAGGACGCCAAGAGGACACAUUCUCUCUGGAUCAGUGCCGGAGCAUGGUGGCGCUGAUGGAUCUGAAAGUGGACGGGCGGCUGGACGAAGAGGAGUUUUCAAGACUAUGGAGCCGUCUCAUUCGCUGUCAGAGGGUUUUCCAGAAUAUCCAGAGGUACUCUGGAAUUUUCCUGACCUCGGAUUUGUGUCAGGCCAUAGAGGACACAGAAUUCCUUGCAGGGGUCUCUGUCACCAAUGAUCUGCUGGACCUCAUGACCCUCCGCUACAGCGACAGCAGCGGCAAGGUCACUUUCCCCAACAUGGCCUGCUUCCUGGUGCGGCUCGAAGCCAUGUCGAGGACUUUCCAGAACCUCUGCAAUGAUGGAAAAGGAAUCUACCUGACAGAAACACAGUGGAUGAACCUGGCCAUGUACAAUUGAAGCAAGGCGUGGAGCAGAUCCCAAAGUCCAGGGCCCUGACCUAAAAGAAUCCAUGGAGAUGCUCAAAUAGAAGCCAUUCAACUCAAUGGGGGUCCUCCAACUUAAAAAAUGUUCACCUCAUCCAUGUUUUAAAUACAGAA